AUGACUGCUCGACGACACACUCGCCGUACGAAAUCAACUCGACCAUCAACCGCACCCGAAAAGCCCCGUCAACCACUCCUCCCAACAUCCAUGCUUGUUGUCCCAGAGGUUGAAACCGAAGAUUCACUGAGCAUUGAUCUUGAUGCACUGCCUCCGCCCUUUCCUCUCCAAAAAGCUACAUCUGGAAGGCAUACUAACGAAACAGAUUGGGCGACGUUUAUUACGGCGUAUGCUUGUGGGCGAUGGGAUCCACAUAGAACUCCCAAACCACCUCGCACGCAACUGCUUGACCUCUCGCUAGUUUCUGUUCCGAGUGGUCCUCUGGCCUUUGAACGCGCUCGACCCCCUCCUCCGCCUCCUUCUCAUCGACUUCGCGCUUCUUUCUCUGCUGUUUCGUCAGGAUAUAAAUCUCCAAGCUCCAUAGCCUCUUCGUACCCUGUGUUCAGUUUACCUGGGGUCUUGCCCACUUCAGGCAGCAGUUAUCCUCCAGUGACGUCUUCGACCGCUGCAUUUACAGUUACGGCUGCCAACGCUACUACCCCAACGAGUUCCAACCAUUAUGAUGCUCAAACAUCAGCAGCUACCCUCCGAUGGGCUGCUGCCAGAGUUCGUGUCGCGCCACUUGCUCUCCCUAGCCCAGAACACGAACUUGUCGACCCAAUGCGAAAUGCAGGGGCUGUCCCAAUACCAGGAAGUCAUCCAGACUUCUCCUCUGGUCAUCGAUCUCGACCAUCUCAGUCUGUAUCUCACUCACGCUCUGCCUCCAUAACACGGUCAUUUGCCAACCUCCCCCAUCUGGCCCAGACAUUCCCGGUCCAAACACCUAACUGGGAUGUAAUGACUCCAGGUGGUACUCGGAGAGCACGAUUGAGUGGUUUCUGGAGUGGGACCGCUGAUGUUGGAGACACGUCCCACGACUCAGAGUGGUUGGAAAGCAAUUCAAGCGGACUUCUCCCAGCAUUUGAUGCAAGUCCUACCACGCCGGAGGACGAAGAAUCAAGAAACGGGCCAACCCCAACCUUUUUACUUGGACCACGACCCCCUCCCGCGACAGCUCCAGUCCGUGUUGUUGACGAUGAGGGUGAUUGGGAUUAUUUUGCCAUUGGGGCUGAAGGGUCAAGAUCUUCUGGCCGGGGUAUUCGGCGUGAUGGAUUGAAUACUCCUCCGUCAACACGCCAUGCCAGCGUUUCACGCCCGGAAGAACCAGAACGGUCAGAAGUGUCUGUUCAGACUCCCACAACCCCAGACUCUAAUCCAAAACGAGUUCAUAAUCUGAGCGCAUCGACGACAUCUUUAAAGUUUGAUGGUCUUGACCUGUCCCACUCAGGAUUGCCCAUUGCUCUAGUCGACACGAAGGACGAAGUACUACCAAUCCCUGCACCAACUCCCAUUUUCGGGCCGCCAUAUCGGACAUCCUCGACUCCUCCGCCCCCCGCUAACGUCGAUAUUACUACUAACUCUGCAGUCCCAGUCGUCAGCGAGUCUGUCAUCUAUCCUACUCCAGAUGAUCACCCUCUGCUGACACAUGCGAGUGACACACUCGCCGACCUGUAUGGCCUGUCUGGUGGCACUCCACACCCAUAUUCAGUCCCAGCUGCUAGAUCACGUCGCGCUCAACUAACACGUCAAGCAAGUGCGCCUCUUCCCAUAUCAACCAGUGACUCCUUUGUCGAUAUCGUCCCUGUCGCUCCUCGAGCGAAAUCCACCGAUUCUGUUGUCGAAGACAAAUCAACAAGUCCUUCAGGGCUCUCCGUGGAACCUGACCUCGAGCCAGCCGUCAAUGACGAAACCAAAAGUGUCAUCACUGAUGGUCAAGGUAGAAGGUCUGCCAAGGAAGACGUCCGAGCAGCACGAGAAGACCAUGCUUUUUCAGAACGCGGGUUUCUUGCUCCUCCAUUUCCUCCCGAUGAACUUGGACGCCGACGAGCGUUGUACAAGUUCAACAUUGUCAACACAGGCUCCGAUAUGAAUUUCGACCGCAUUGCUCACCUUGCUAAGCUUGUAUUCAACACCAAGGGCGUGUUGAUCUCUGUAGUUGACGAGGCGGAGGAAUGGUUCAAGUCUGAAUGGGGGGUCAAUAAGCUGCAUGGUUGUGCGAGAGAGGCCAGCUUUGGCGCUCAUGCGAUACUCCAACGCGGGGACGAACCAAUGAUUAUUUUGGACACUCACUUAGAUUGGAGGUUCACCAGAAAUCCCUUGGUUGUCGGUGCCCCGCAUAUUCGAUUCUAUGCUGCUGCACCUCUAAGAACACAAGACGGUUUCAACAUUGGAUGCCUCGCGCUCAUUGAUGAUGCUCCGCGGGCCGAUUUUACGCCCAGGCAACGGCACACACUAAAAGAAUUCGCGGCAAUUGCCAUGCGAGAAAUGGAACUGUGGCGCGACAAAAUCCGAUUACGAAUACGAGAUCGUAUACAAAAUUCGAUGGAACAAUUCAGCCGGGAAUGUUUGGAGAUUGAUGAGUCAGCCCGACCAGUACAGACGGAGCUUAGUGGCGCAGCGAGCAUCCGCAACUCCAGGCAACCCUCCCCCACUCGCGACGCUCGUCCCCAUCUUCAUCCUCCAGCUCCAAUCCAACAAACUUCAUCAGGCAGUCCUGUCCGACCAUCUCCGUCUCCGUCAAGUCAACUUUCCAAGUCGGAAGAUUUCAUUGAACCUUCUUCAUCGAUGGACCAAGUGUACGCCCGAGCCGCAAAGCUUGUCCAGCACACGCUGGAUGUUGAUGGUGCAGUUGUCAUUGAUGUUUCUCACUGCGAGGUUCUCGAGUCAAUGAGCUCUGAAGCCAGUGUUUCCGUUGUGCUUCAUCAUGGCGACGUUGAAACACCAACCAGUGUGCACACAUUAACAGUCGAGGAAUACCAGAGGCUGAACGAGUUCUUUGCAAUGCACCCAGCCGGAAAGGUAUCUGAGGGCAUCGUUCCUCCUGCCUUGAGACUAUUUCUUCCGCAAGCGCACAUUCAAUAUGCUCUGGUUGUGCCAAUCUACAAUGUCGACAAACGCCCAUUUGCGCUGCUCUGUGCGUGGAAUGCAUCCGACCAAACAAAACGCUUUCUUGAAGGCCACGAGCUGUCUUAUCUGCGAGCAAUUGGAGUCAUCAUCCUGUCUGCCGUCUUGAAGCGCAGGAUGAUACUGGCUGACAAGGCGAAGAGUUUGUUCAUAUCCAACAUUUCACACGAGCUGCGAACGCCGCUGCAUGGGAUACUCGCUGCUGCAGAGCUGCUUACAGACAGUCCGCUGAAUCACUCACAGCAAUCAUUCCUGCAAACAGUUCAAGCUUGCGGCAACUCUUUGGUCGAGACGGUCAAUCACGUGCUAGAUUUCACCAAGCUUAGUGGCAACUCAAAGGCUGGUGGGGUGGAAAAUGUGAUUGUUCCUAGCUGGGUUGAUCUGAUGCAACUUGUUGAGGAAGCUGUGGAUGGUUGUUCCGUUGGUCAUCGCGCACGAGCUGCAAUGAUGAUGGGGGACACUGGUAUUGGCAGCGUGUACUCGCCACCGGAGGACCUCUCUGCUCCAAAGCAACACGUCGAGACGGUCGUUGAGAUUGGUCAUAGGACAACGGGAUGGUCAUUGAAAUGCGAAAAGGGAGGUAUUCGACGUGUGCUAAUGAAUGUCUUUGGAAACAGUUUGAAGUUUACUUCGAAUGGGUACAUUCAUGUCAUUCUCCGUGAAAUCCCAAGGACUAGCGUUGAUCCUCCCAAUGAAAUCAAAGUCGAACUGAUAGUAUCCGAUACUGGCAAAGGCAUCAGUGAAGACUUUCGGAGGAACCAACUUUUCCAUCCCUUCUCGCAGGAGAAUCCGAUGCAAACUGGAACUGGUCUGGGUCUAGCCAUCGUCAACAGCAUCGUCAAAUCCGAGAGUGUUAACGGCAAGCUAGACGUUUGGAGUGAGGAAGGUGUUGGAACAGAGAUUAAAGUCUCGUUCACUGCAACAGUGUCUGCAGACGAAGCUCCAGCACCAGAGAUGGAACCCUUUAAAUUCUUGAAUCCAGAUCGACCUGCAACCGUCUCUCUAGUUGGCUUCGACUCUGACCACAAAGGGGUGACGUUGUUACGCGACACCAUCCACACAUACCUCGUCGAAUGGUGGGGUUUCCGAGUGCAUCCUUCAUCAGAAGGACUCGGUGACAUUAUCUUUCUAAAUGAAGAUGUCGAACUGGUGAAAAGAGCGACAGCUGAAAGGGACACAUCACGACCUUUCAUCGUGUUAUCAAUGCUCCACGGCAACCCAGCCAUGCUAAGCACGUUCGCAGACCACGAAAACAUUGGCGGCUUUUGUCGUCCAAUGUACAAGCCUGGUGGACCCUCCAAACUCCAAAUUCUGUUGAAGCUAGCUCUGCACGCCGUUCAGAUUGCCCAGUCUGGCCGAAACUCUCCUCACACAAGCGAUGAGAUAGUAAACGAGACUCCAUUCAGCAUACUUGGACUGGUACCCCGCCGAAACUCUGAAGAAACAAGGCCAUGGAUGAAUUCGCGUCCAUUGAUGUCUCCUCGCGCUUCAACCGUACACCCUCUUUCUUCGCCUACAUGGAGGAAAGCGAAUCCUAGCAUCGAAGAGAGGGACUCGCCAUCUCCAGAAAGUGAUGACCUGACCACCAUCACCAUCGGUGGUCCAGAAGUAGGAACAUUAUUAAAAGCGUCUGUUGGAACCAUUGCCUCGGAUGAGCGAAGGUUUCGUGUGCUGGUUGUUGAAGACAACAAUGUGCUACGGAUGUUACUCAUCAAGUGGUUAACUUCAAAGGGUUACGAAUACCGAGACGCUGUGGACGGACGCAAUGGUGUGAGAGUUUAUGAGGAAGAUGGGCCGUUCGAUGUGGUACUGCUAGACAUGUCGAUGCCUAUUCUUGACGGAAUUGGGGCGACAAUGGAGAUUCGGGAGAUGGAAGCACGACGACAGAUCCAACAACCAAAUAGUCCACAAAGCAUACCUGCUCGAAUACUGGCUCUAACUGGACGCUCAUCAUUGGAAGACAAACGUCGCGCGUUUGACGCAGGUGUGGAUGGCUACCUGGUCAAACCUGUUGCUUUCAAGACCCUCGACGAAAUUUUUUCGAAACUGGGGGUUUCUUCAUAG